AUGAACAGCGGCAGCAGCACACCGCACGAGGACGCAUUCGCCACCUCGGAAUCUUCUUUGUCUUCCUCUUCGACGGAGCCGACAAGGUUCCAGCCACUGCUGGUAUCACCUUCAUCAACGCCGUCGACGUUCGCAUCGCUGUACCCAGACCCAGAGCUGUCCGCGCAGCCGUUACGCGCCACCAGCCUCGGUGGUGCGAGUGCCGUCGCCGUCAACGCGAGUCUGAACGGCGUGCCUGGCGGUGGUAGCGGAGGCUCCUCCUCUCCUAGUACGUCACCCAAUAGUGCAGCCGCCAGCGGCAACCCGCGACGCUCGCUGAACGCCGCCUUCACGCUCAGCCCGCGCACCGAGAGCGACGUGGAGGUGGCCGUAGAGUACGACGACGACGCGUCAAGCGUGUGCUUCGACCUGGACCGACAUGACCCACCCAUCAAGCAGCACUACAACCUCGGCAGCUUGGAGGAGCGGCGCACCUUUGUCACGGAGGGCUGUGUCGCGGCGGCGCAGCAAAUGUCCACACAGCGCAUCCUCGACCACCUGUUGCCGGCGCUGCUCACGGCAUUCGAGGCGGACGACUACGGUGAGUCCUUCGACGACUGCGCCCCGUGCAUCGCGCGUGCACUGCCGCAGAUUGUGGCAUGCAUGGAGACACGCACCACGGCCAACCUCACCUACUUCAUGGGCCUCAUCAUGGCGCUGUGCUGCUCCGCGGAGGGGCUCGUCGCCAAGGCAAUCACGACCUCCCUGCAGGCCAUCUUCGAGAUGGUCGAGGACGCUGUGCUACUCGAACUGUUCCUGCCCUUUGUACUGACAAUGCGCGUAUCCUUCUGGAGUGUGCCGCGCGUCGUGGCAGCCGGGCUGCUCGGCUACCUCGCUAUACGGCCGGCCGUGCUGCAGGCAAGCGGGCUGAGCGUGACGGACAUGUUCAACUACUACGCGGAGUGCAGCAGCGACGCCUCGGCGAUGGUCCGCGCGGCCGUCGUCAUGUCCCUGCACGACUGGGUGCGUGUCGCGGCCGUGCAUCGGCUCACGCUGGCCGAGAUGCCGCUGCCGCUGCUGAAGAGCCUGGCCACGGACGACCUCAGCGACACUGUCCGCUACCUUUUGAUCGAAGAGGUGGUGAAGCUGGCGCAGAUGAUCGGGCCCAAGUCCACGUCCAAGUACCUGCUCAGCACCUUCGUCGGCGCGUACAUGGACCCGAGCUGGCGUGUGCGCUACACGGCGGCAAAUCGACUUGGCGCGAUGGCAGCGUUGGUGCUGAACGCCGACGACUUGGAGGUGGUUCUAGAGACACUCGCGCGUGACGAGGAGCCGGAGACGCGCGCGGCUGUGGCACGGCAGCUGGAGUUGAUGGUGCAGCACUGCAGCAGCGAGGUUGUCCAGCACUCCUGUGUCCCUGUUGCCGUGGCCCUGUCCCAGGAUGCCGAUCCAGUCGUGCGUCGCAGCGCGGCUCGCCAUUAUCACUGCUUUAUAUUUGGCAGUGAAGAAGUGGUGCGCACCAUGUGCAAGGCGCUUCAGGCACUGAUGCAAGACGCCGUCUUCUCUGUGCAAGAGAACGCUAUAGAGAGUCUGGGCGAUCUGGUGCCGGCGCUUGAGGGAAGCAGGCAGGCAGCAGUGCAGCAUGUGGCACUAGGUAGUGCCGGAGGCGGUAGCGGAGCGGCGCACUGGUCGUCUAACUCAUCUCGCGGCUCUGCCUCGCGGCGGCAGCAGGCUUCGACGUCGGCCUCUGCGCACAGCCGUGGUAGCUGCUACAAAUCGCCACACCUCUCCUCGCGACUCGUCAGUGGUGCGGCGGCCGGUAGUGGGCCAGCCGGUGCGGGGGAAGCGAACGUUGCCCUCACACGGAAGCGUGCCGACGCGAUUGUGCGCUCCUUCAUGACGGAGGUGCUGAACCUCGGCGAGUCGCGUAACUGGCGCAUCCGCAACGCGGUGGUGCGUAUCGUGCACCACUUCUGCAAAGUCCUCAGCCCUGACCAGUUCCGUCCCCUCACCAAGAUGCUCUUCAUCGCCCUGCACGACCCCGUCAGCACCGUCCGCUCGCAGGCGGUACGCACGCUGAAGGAAGUCGCGGCAGCCUACGGUGGCGAGUGGGCUGCUCAGACGGCAACGGAGCUGCUACAGUCUGAUACGCUUGCCCCGACGCGCGCUGUGAGCUACAUGUGGCGGGUUGUAAUGAUCCAGUGUCUGGAGGUGUUGUUGCCGGCAGUGAGCGAGCUCAGCCCGCGCGAGGUGCGGCGACAGCAGCUACUCGCGACGACGCUGCCGCUGCUACGCGACUAUGUCACCGACCGCGUGCCGAAUGUGCGCCUCGCGGUGGCGCACGCGCUGCCCUGCUGGUACUCCUGGUUCGACGUAACAGAGACGGAGCGGGCGGCGUACAAUGCGGCACUCAAACAACUGCAGCAGGACGCGGACAUCGACGUCCUCAACGCCUCGCACAAAAUCCCGUACAACAGCGGCAGCAGCAACAACGUCGCGGGCGGUGAGGCGCGCUGA